GGAACUUAACAUGAACAGUGUGACAGGGAUAACAGGAGGUAGAAGUGUAGAACCACUGAACAAGAAGCAAUCCAGAAACGAUGAAAAACACAUAACAAGUUAACAACCAUAGAUUGAACGGAAGGCCACAACCAAUUUGGAAGGUUUACCUUGUAGGAUAAGGGAAGAGGGGCCCAACCCAGUCUUGUUUAAAUUUCAAUCUCAUCACUAGUUUCCCAUUUUGGCACAUUUCCCCAUUCUUCAUCACCGUCUUCACUGAAAUCUGAAGAUGCAUACCACAUCGGAGGCGAAUCAGCGGAUUGCGAGGAUUGCAGCUCAUCUUCACCCACCAAAUUUCCAGAUGAUUGAGGGAAAUUCGAGUAAUAUUGGGAGGAUGGACUGCAGAGCAAAAGGGGCAGCGCCUGGAUUUAAGGUGGCGAUUAUUGGUGCAGCGGGAGGAAUUGGUCAACCCCUUUCUAUGUUGAUGAAGAUGAACCCUCUUGUUUCUGUUCUUCAUUUAUACGACGUCGUUAAUACCCCUGGUGUCACCGCUGAUAUCAGUCAUAUGGAUACCGGCGCCGUGGUGCGUGGUUUCGUGGGGAAAGACAAAUUGGAUGAGGCCUUAACAGGCAUGGACCUUGUCAUCGUUCCAGCUGGGGUUCCAAGAAAACCAGGGAUGACAAGGGAUGAUUUAUUCAAUAUUAACGCUGGGAUUGUGAAGACAAUUUGUGAAGGGAUUGCAAGGUCCUGCCCAAGAGCAAUUGUCAACUUGAUCAGUAAUCCUGUGAAUUCUACAGUUCCUAUUGCCGCUGAGGUUUUCAAGAAGGCUGGUACAUACGAUCCGAAGCUCUUGCUUGGUGUCACAAUGCUCGAUGUUGUCAGGGCCAAUACUUUUGUGGCAGAAGUUUUGGGACUUGAUCCUAGAGAGGUUGAUGUUCCUGUUGUAGGAGGGCAUGCCGGUGUUACAAUUCUUCCGCUCUUGUCCCAGGUUAAGCCUCCAUGCAGUUUUACUCCCGAAGAGAUCAAUCACUUGACAGAUCGCAUCCAAAAUGGUGGUACAGAAGUUGUUGAGGCAAAAGCUGGGGCUGGAUCUGCAACUCUUUCAAUGGCUUAUGCUGCUGUUAAAUUUGCUGAUGCUUGCCUCCGAGGUUUGAGGGGAGAUGCUGGUGUUAUUGAAUGUUCAUUUGUGCAAUCUCAGGUUACUGAACUGCCGUUCUUUGCAACAAAAGUAAGGCUUGGCCGUAGCGGAGCAGAGGAGAUUUUUCCACUUGGCCCUCUAAAUGAGUAUGAGAGGGCGGGUUUGGAAAAGGCGAAAACAGAGCUAGCCACAAGCAUUGACAAGGGUGUUUCCUUCACAAGGAAGUGAAUUUCAUAGCGCGCGCAAAGUUGUAGCUGGUGUCUCCUGUUUGUCAUUUUUUUUCUUUUUUCAUUUAUGAUUUUGUAAGGUAAGAAAUAACUUAGGAGGCCCUCCUCAUGAGGUGAACCCCUAAGUUACCCUGUUUGUCAAAUGUAUUUGAAAAAUAAUUGGCAUAUAAUCUGAAAAGACCACUUUUAGAAAUACAGAA